UUCUCGGAAUACGCUCCGGUUCGAAGAACAGACAAAGCCGCUGAUUGGCCAGCGUCACAGCGACGACGUAACACGAUACUCCAAUUAGCUUCUUGUGAAUGAACCGAUAAACUUAGGGUACCGGGCUGAGAUUGAUUUAUUUGCACGCCUGUUAGAUCGUAAGAAUCUAUUUGGUGUCGGUUUGCGUUUCGCUGAGAUCUAAACUCCUACCACUAAGAUGACCGCAAACCCCAGCGGACGGAGGCUGAGGCAGUGGCUGAUAGAGCAGAUUCACAGCAACCGGUACCCGGGGCUGUUGUGGGAAGAUGAGGAUCGGACCAUGUUCCGAAUUCCAUGGAAACACGCGGGGAAACAGGACUACAACCAAGAAAUCGAUGCGUCAAUUUUCAAAGCCUGGGCUGUGUUUAAAGGGAAGUUUAAGGAGGGGGACAGGGCUGAGCCGGCCACCUGGAAAACACGGCUCCGCUGUGCUCUGAACAAAAGCCCUGACUUCGAGGAGGUGACCGACCGGUCCCAGCUGGACAUCUCUGAGCCUUACAAGGUGUACCGCAUCGUGCCAGAGGAGGAGCAAAAGAGCAGAGGGACUGUGGUGAUCCACGGAGGAGGGGGCUCCAGCGACGUCCACAGCAUGGACUGCAGUGCUGCUGAACUGGAGGAGCUCAUCAAGGAAUCCUCACAUGAUGAAUACCUGGGCAUCAUCAAGAAGAGCCAUUCCCCAGAGGAGGCCCCCAGACCCACCCCCCCAGCCCAGGAGUGGUGGUCACAUGGUAACCUGCGAUCCAUCCCAGUGAGUCAGGACCCUCCUCCAACUGGGAACUUUAGUGCAGCCUUCUCCCAAAUGAUGGUCACCUUCUUCUACGGUGGGAAGCUGGUUGGCAGUACGCUGAGCACCCACCCUGAGGGCUGCCGCAUCUCGCUGCCGCCGCCCGCCGUGGCCGUGGAGUCGCUUUAUGGGCCCGAGAGUCUACAGAACAUUCGCUUCCCGUCGGUGGAGCUGAUCGAGCACGAGCGCCAGCGCCACGUGACCCGCAAGCUCUUCGGACACCUGGAGCGUGGCGUGCUGGUGCGCGCCAACCGCGAGGGCAUCUUCAUCAAGCGCCUGUGUCAGAGCCGUGUUUUCUGGAGCAGCCAGGGCUCCCAGUACAACUCCGGGCCCUGCAAGCUGGAGAGGGACGCCGUCGUCAAGAUCUUUGACGUCGGCAGGUUCCUGCAAGCUCUGCAGAUGUACCGGGAUGGUCACUAUCCAGCACCUGACCCCAACGUCACCCUCUGCUUUGGGGAAGAGUUCCACGACAUCAGCACUGCCAAGAACAAGCUGAUAAUCGUUCAGAUUACCCCACUCACCUGCCAGCAGCUGCUGGAAGAGGUUAAUAUCCAUCGGUCCCCGUACAGUGGGAAUAUGGACAUGGCAGACGAGUCACAGAACGAGCAAGUGGCACGCAUCUUCCAGGAACUCUGCAGCUACUCCGUGCCACAGCGCCUCAGCUUCAGAGAGAACAUGCCAAUCACCGUCUGAGGCACCAGUCCCCCACUGCCUGCCUCAAACAGGACAAGUAACCUGCCAAUCGCCGUCUGAGGAGCCAAUCCCCCACUGCCUGCCUCAAACAGGACAAGGAACCUGCCAAUCACAAUCUGAGGCACCAGUCCCCCACUGCCUGCCUCAAACAGGACAAGGAACCUACCAGUCGCCGUCUGAGGUACCAAUCCUGCCACUGCCUGCUUCAAAUAGGAAAAAAGAGUCUGCCAAUCACCAUCUGAGGCACUAAUCCCUCCUCACCCACCUUGGAGAGAAUAAGGAACCUGCCAAUCACUGCCUGAGUCACCAUUCCCUCCCCAGCCUGUCUCAGAUAGGACAGAGAACCUGCCAAUCAGUGUCUGAGCCACCAAUCCCCCUUGCCUGUCUUGGACAGGACAGCAAACCUGGCAAUGGUUAUAUAGCUGCCUAGUGUCCAGGAUGAUGCACCCACCUACGUUCAGAAAAAUCAGUUCUCCUUUAUCAUAUGUUGACAAAAAAGUGAUGAAAAAAAGUCUCCAGACUUUUGCUUGACCUCUGAGCAUCAUUCCUCUAACUGUCCUUCCAGUAGCUGAAUUAGCACAACACAUGUUUCUCUUUGUCUGAUUGUGUGCUUCCUUUCUUAAAUGAGCGUUUGUAGUUUCAUAAUAAACUGUUUUGCAAACUAAAUGAAAUUGAAAUGGAAAAAAAAAAUCUGCAUUAAUAAAGGCUUUCUUAAAGCAA